AUGCCGGCUGUACAGAAGAGCGGGACAGUGCUGAUACGGGCAGUAGAGGGAGCCCAAGGGUCGAGUAGGGGCCUUGAGGGAGAAGUGAGGUAUGUUUACUACAAUGAGCCUGUGGUGACUCGCGUGGAGCCAAGCAGUGGCGCUCUGGAAGGGGGUACCAUGCUGAGCCUGUAUGGGCGGGGGCUGGAAGAAGGCAGCAAUCUAACGUGCAGGUUCGGGACCGGAGAUGCGGUCGCAGGCCGGCAAGAGACUUCUACGAUGGCCACCUGUGUUGCACCCCCGCGCCCAGUCAAGGACGUCGUCUGGUUGCAGGUGAGCCUCAACGGAGGCGCGGACUUCUCCGGAUCUGCAGUCGAGUACGCAUAUGAGGCCGGGGCUACGGUGGACGAGGUGAGGCCGUCCGCGGGAGAUAGCGGGGUCGACGGUCAGACCGUGACCGUGAUAGGCCGCCACUUCGGGUCGGGACAAGGGCUGAGCUGCUUGUUCGGGACAAGGGGGCGGGUACGGGGCAUGCCGAUGACGUCGACGGCGGUAGUCUGUGUAGCGCCGAGAGGGGGUCCGGGGGCGGUCGGGGUAUCGGUGAGCAACAACGGAGUGGAUGAAGGGCAAACAAGGGGCGGGUUCGUGUACAGCGGUGAUCUUAAGGGCAAGUCUGCAUUCGUCUACUACGAGGGGCCAGAGAGGGGGGGUAUCCUGGUGAGCCUCAACGGAGGCGCGGACUUCUCCGGAUCUGCAGUCGAGUACGCAUAUGAGGCCGGGGCUACGGUGGACGAGGUGAGGCCGUCCGCGGGAGAUAGCGGGGUCGACGGGCAGACCGUGACGGUGAUAGGCCGCCACUUCGGGUCGGGACAAGGGCUGAGCUGCUUGUUCGGGACAAGGGGGCGGGUACGGGGCAUGCCGAUGACGUCGACGGCGGUAGUCUGUGUAGCGCCGAGAGGGGGUCCGGGGGCGGUCGGGGUAUCGGUGAGCAACAACGGAGUAGAAGGAGAGACCGCUAGCGGCAUCGUCAGCGUGAGGUAUGAGUACCGCUCAGGGAUGUCAGCAAAGUCCGUGGGACGAUCGGAGGUGAGGACGGGACUGGGGAGUGGCUCUGUGUAUUCGGAGACUCUAUGA